UUUGUAAGUUGGUGGAUGAGGGCCAGGGAGUCUUUUUGUAAUGCAAAAUCUAGGCGGGAGGGAGGAGAAGGAGGAGACAGAAGGAGGGAUGAGGGGGAGCAGGAGUCUGCAGGAUAUAAGGAGCCCCUGCUCAACUUCAUCACUGCACAUUCUACUAACAUUUCACCCACUGCUGCUGGAAACUUAGAACACAAGGGCAGAAGAAUGAGGAACUCACUGCUGAGGAUGCUGGGCACCAUGAUGUGUGUCCUGGCCGCCUGCGCCGACAUCGCGCCUGUUAAAGACUUCAACCUGGAGAAGAUGGCGGGCAAGUGGUAUAUUGUCGGUUUUGCCACCAACGCUCAGUGGUUUGUGAACCAUAAGGCAGGAAUGAAAGUGGGCACUGCCAUAUUUGCACCAACUAACGAAGGAGACCUGGAUCUCUCUUAUGCCAACCUGAAUGCUGAUGGUAGCUGCUGGAGAAUGACUCACCUUGCUCAUAAAACCGACACUCCUGGACGCUUCACCUUCCACAGCCAGGUUUGGAACAAUGAAAACGACAUGCGCAUUGUUGAGGUCCAGUAUGAUGACUAUGCAGUGAUCCACACCAUCAAGACAAAGAAUGGAGUGUCUGAGGUCCUCAAUAAGCUUUACAGUCGUACUCAGGUGGCCAACGCUAACCUGCAAGAGAGGUUCUCUAAGUUCUCAGAGCAGACCGGCAUCUUGUCCGACAACAUCGUUAUCCUGCCUGAAAAUGCUGAAUGCCCCGCGGUCUGAGGAGUCACCCGCCGUCCUCUGUCCAUCAUUUAACCACUGUGACAUCUGCAGCAUCACAGAGCUUCACCUGAGACACUGACACUGCUGCAUUUUGCUCAAGUUCCUGCUGCGAACCAAAGAAUCCAUCCGGCUCCUCUUUCUCUCAAAUUGCAUGAACAGUGGCAUCACACUCUUUUUUUUAAUCUGUUUUGUCUUUUGUUGAAAUAAACUCAAGUACAAUAAAAUGUUCAAACAU